AUGUUACAACACGUGUUGAAAUCCAGCCUCUUCUUCUUCUCUGCCAUCCUGUAUAUUUCAUUACCAGACAAGACGCCAACAUUAGAAUUAGCUAUACUGAAACUGUUGCCAAUUAUAUCACUGGUAAUAUUCGCCGUUUUACACGUAGCAACACACGGAACGUCAAGGUUUACCGUUGGUGUUAUUAUCGGACUCAUCUUCUCCGGCAUCGGUGAUUAUUUUUUGGUCUACAAAGAAACACACUUUGUGUAUGGUGUGUUCGGCUUCGCUGUGGCUCAGCUGGUGUAUGGCAUUACAUUCGGAUGCAAGCCUUUCAAGCCAGCAGUUCUCUUAUUGUGCGUUAUCGCUGGGUCCAUCAUGUAUAAAUACAUCUACCCUGGUUUAUCUUCUAAGUUUGUUCCUAUUAUUGCUGCUUACGUUGUCCUUAUCUAUUUCAUGGCGUGGAGGGCGCUAGCAAGGUUCCAACUAAAGCGAUGGACGUGGGGGCAAAUGUUCUGUGCACUCGGCGCGGUUUCGUUCAUCAUUUCCGAUUUUGUAAUCGCGGUUGACAAAUUUCGUCACGAAAUCCCCCAUCGCCACCUCAUUGUCGUUGUGACUUAUUUCAUCGCACAGUAUGGAAUCACCAUGGCAAUCACUGAUUAUCCUAGCAAGCCUCGUACAAAGAAAAAAAUGAAGUAA